AUGUUGCUUCCCAUGGUCCUACUGACAGCCGCAUUCUUCGCCGCUGCUUUGAUCGUGUCGUCGCUGCCGGCAGCUGAGGCAUGGGGCAGACGGCUGCUGCCGAUCAAGACGCCACGCUCCGCUGCAGCCCGCAGUCGGCCUGCAGCCCCACAGAGAUACGCUCUUCUGGCGGGCGACAGAGGCCUUGCUAUGCGGCUCACCAAUCAGAAGCGAGGAGAGAAUAUGAGCGAAAGGAGACGAUUGUCAGUCAAACCAAAUGACCUGACAAUGACGUUUCCUGCCCUUCCAAUCCUUCCCGAGGAGGUCGCAUGAUAACGCACACACGCCGCCUCCGUCGGCCGACACAUACCCAUAUCAAUCAGAGGUGUGUGUGUGUGUGUGUGCGUGUGUGUGUCCACAGGACUUCGAUGAUAGCAAGGGUGAGAAGGCGAAUGGGGGUGGAUGCACACUUUCCGCGUUCAACUCAUUUUGUGUCUCUUGUAAGGAAUUAAGAUUCGUGCCUGGAUGCGGCUGCAUGGCCUCAAGAUCAAGCCUGACGUGAAGAAAGAUGGUCAUCGAAGGUAUUGGGUUCCGCUGCUAUCUGUUGAGGGGAGCCACUCAGAAGAGAUGCGUUCUUUGAGGAGCCAGGAACCGCCUUUCUCGCCUGUGGCGCUCGUGACAGCCCUAAAGGGAGAGCUUUACGGCAACCGAACUGCCUCUUGGGAGCUGUGUUGCGCUUCUAAAGUGGCAGACAAUUCCUCUCGCCAGACGGCAUCGGGCUUCAACUGGAUGUCAGAUUAUAUAAUCUGCAUGCCAUUCAUUCCACAGCGGAGUUCAGCAGCAAAUGAUAUGUCCUUCGAGGCGUCCUUCUCGUGGACUCACAUCGCUUGCCAAGCGGAAGUCAGAGAAACGCAUGGCGACAAAAAUGCGGGAACAAACAACACCAACCACCAAGCGCAAAACAACAGCUUCUCCCUUACGAUACUGGUGAAUGGCACCCUCGCGCGGCAGAGCACUCUGAAGAUCCCCCCUGACCCUGAUGAGUGGCUGUCGAAGAGUUAUAACCACACAAACGCAAGUUGGCUAUCGUCUGUGAUCGAUGCAGACUUAAAGUCUACACAUGUCAUUCCCAACUUGGAGAGGCGGGUCGCCUUCCAAGCGCUGGAGGGCGUCAGGAGCUUCCGGGCAGCGAAUGAGAUGACAGUCAGCUUCUCUGGGCUAUACCAGAGACUGCCUAUGCCUCCCCAGCUGCCGGCUUUUCUUUUUGCAGUGGAAGCAUCUGGAGAUAUGACGGCGAAAGAGAAUUGGCUUAUCGUGCAGGACGCCGACACGGGUUUCUCACUUACCGGGGUGGCCAGCACAAUGCUGAACGGUGUCUUAGCAGAGAUCGAGACGACACCAGCAUACAGGAUGGCUCGAGAUGGCGCUUUUGUCUUCGACAUUGAAGUCAGCCAGGCAGAUCAUCCACACACACGACACACACAUCCCUGCUCAUCGGUCUGUGUGUCGAUGUGUGUGGCCUGCCUGCCUGCCUGCCUCCAGUUCGACAGCGUACGAGCUUGGAAAGACGUCGGCUCGGAGGAAGAGGGCGAAGCGAGACAACAGGCAGGGACACCAUCCGCCCUCCCACAUUACACGUGUUGCGUCUCUAUGUGUGUGCGUGUGAGCAGACUCGCGCGGACGUCCUUUACAUUCGACACAUAAAGGUGAGGUGAGAACGGAGGGGGAGAGGCAAGAUGGGUGCAAACGUCGGCUGGGUCUAAAAAAGCGAUUUUGGUUUUUUAUUUUCCUAUUUUUGUUUUUUAAUCCUAUAAAAAACAACAACAACAACAACAGAAUUUGUUUGCCUUUCUCGAUUUCGAUUUGGACGUGGACGUUGCUCCGGCACUGCACACGGGCGGCGGCUUCAGAGUGCUGGAGAGGGUCUCACAGACCUACAGGUGCCCCAACGAGGCAAUGCCAUGUGGGACAACAUGAACACACGCAUGCACAUAAUUCACAUAAAUGCUGUCCGAUGUUGUCUGUUCGUGUGCAGCGACUGGGGUCUGCCAUUCUUCGAGAAUAGCACUGCAAGGCUUCCGCUCCAGCACGAGUUGACAGUCUUUCUUCAAGUGUCGUCCUGUCCCGACCCAUCAAGACACGUAUUCGACAGAGACGCGGAGGCUGUUGUGCUUCUAAGGGCGAGCCUGUAUCCGGUCUACAGUGACAUGCCAAGUUGGAAACAUGCAGCUGUGGAGAUGCUGCCUGAACAAUUUCCCUUCGGUGUCCAGUUUGAGAUUACGCAAUUUCCUUUCGGUGGAAUGCUCUUUGAGGUGUCCAGCCUAAAAGCCAUUGAUGACAAGAGCGUCAGCCGUGGAGUAUGCGCGGGCUAUUAUCAGGUGGAAAGAGGACCUCCCGUUCACAGCCGAGAUCUGCUGGGUGAUGCAGAAGACGACCUUACGUAUGAAUCGAGGCCUUGUAUUGUUUUCAAUGCGACCCAAUCGUUGGGGCGUCUCUGUCGGCACAAGAAGGGAGACAAGGUCAAGGAUCUCCGGAUAAGAAGCUUCGUUGACCUCUUCGGUUGCGGCACGGUGUUGCCCAUGCUCUUAGUGCUGAGGGAUUCGGCUGAAGAUCUUGAGUGUUUCAAGUAUGCUGUUCGUGCUGAUACCAGAUCGGAUGCUGAUGCAUUUGUGCUACCAGACGUCCGACCAGCUGUCGGCUCUACGAGUGGGUCGGCUUUGUCAUCUGAAAGACAGCCUAAGUGCCAUCAGACGGCUCCAGUGCGUGUGACCAUACACGAUGAGAAACGACUACCGAAGCCUGAUCCAUUCGGCCAGAUGUCUCCGAUAUGUCUCGGUAAGGGAAUCGUAUCAUACUUAGCUCUUCACGCCUGCCUUUAUUCGGCCUCCUGCCUGUGCGUGGUCUGAUCAGGUCUCAUUCGCACCAGUCUGACCCUCGAUGCCCGCACAGACGCGACCAGAGAGAAAUGUGAGACAGGCAUAUAAAAAGUAACAUGCAAGAUACACAUGUCAUGUCUCCUGUGCGUGUGACUGAUGCAGGCGGGAGUUUGAGUCUGAAAGGCGACAUGUGGGAGUUGGCAUGCUUGCCUACCGCGGCAUCGAGAAAACGGUGAAUGAAUUUCAGGUGAGAGAAAGCCAUCCGUGUGCGUGUGGACUCUUGAUUAUUGCGAACAUAUGUUUACAGCCGACAUUUCAUUCGUACUUGAACAGUGCUGUGGGCAAUAAGUGUGAACUCGACUUCGCAAUGAUGCCUCUCGACUUCGAUACAGUCUAUGAAGCGGUGACUCAUCCGCACGCGCAUAAAUAGGUUGCAUCUGAUUGGAGCCUUUCUGCUUCCUCCAGGCAUCCGCAGGCCAGGUGCGUCGGGCUGACGGCGCCGUGGACAUCGAUUUCAUCUUUACAAAUGCAGGUGCAGCCAAUGCGCAUUGAUUGAAAUGAAUGAAAUGAUGAGCUGACUGUCCGACUGACUGAUCAUGAUGUGUACGUGCAGGAAUGAAUGUCGAAUUCGAAACAAUGUACAGUAGUCGAGCACUGCUUUCCCUAACCAAGAUUCGGUACGCAACCCUGAAUUACGGUCCACACAUCUCGCUGGCAUCUGUGUGUCUCCCAUCAGUCUUGGCAUUCUCUUGCCCUUCUUCGGAGCUGUGCUGUUCACGAGGCGAAAUGCCACGGACAUCAACAAUAUCACCGAUUGCAGAGGUGUGUCAUCACUUUGCAAGACAGCUCCAAUCAAUUAUGAGCGUCCCUCUCUCUGACAGGCAAGGUGAUCUGUGGAGUGGAUCGUCGUGCAUUUGACGCGUGGCAUGUUGGCUGGCACGAGAUGCUUAGACGAGUACGUGACGACGAAAAUUAGACCAGCGCCCAAUAUCCUUUGUGUGUCAAUGCUUCUGGGCUGGUGCAGGGUAUUGACCCAUAUCAGGACGCUUCGAAAAUAGAGUACUUCCAUACUGGAGACAAGGUCAGUGAGACGCAGAGACGCAGGCGAUCAUGAGGCUGCUUCUGAGUGCUGUAAUGUCAUCGACGUAGACUGCGCUUGCCGUCCUCGACGGGAGAUGUGAUUGCGGCACAAUCCGAUCAUCUACACUGGAGUCAAUGGAUGCCGAAGGCACUAUUCGCAUCGAUGAUGUGAGGCUCUUGGUGACAAGGACUCAUCCGAACUUCCCUUUUCUUUGCUCCACUGACCUGUAUCCAGGUGAUGCGCAUUGUCAAUUUGUCAUAUUGUCUCAACCUGGUGUGUAUUGUUUGGUGGUCAGAAUGGGUGUUGUCGGCUCUCCAGCAUGUUCCGGAGCGCUUGGCGAUGAAAGUCGCACUCAGCCUGCUCUUCAUCAAUAGCUCUGAUGCCACGGCAGAGUGGGCGAAGCAAAGAGGCAAUUACGCAGGUUUGACAUCAAAAUUUUGGAGACACGGUGAUGUCUCGCCACGUCUGCAUGUCAAUGCUAGGCUGGACUCUUCCGCAAAACGCCGCUGUGGUGCGCCUGAUGCUUACAGGUGAGCACAAUCUUACACAAUGCAGACUGCCUGGCAGACUGCCCGGGAGAAAUGUACGUGAGUCUCUUGCAUUUCCGCAGAGCUCGGCGUAUUGACGGCUCUCGGCAGCUGCGAGGCGGGUUACGUGAUGCACAGCAAUGGCGACUGCGAGCAAUGUCCCCCUGGCACAUUCAGUGAAACAAAGGGAGCCCGAGCCUGCCGCAUGUGCCCCUCUGGCAGCUUUGCAGCGGAGCCCGGUAGCACAAAAUGUGAGAGGUACAGCUUAACGGCAUUUUCGAUGGUGAAAGUAAAAGAAAAUCGCAUGUUUCCCCUAUCAGGUGCGAGCUGGGCUAUUACAUCGAUCGUCCCGGAAGAGAUUCCUGCAAGCAAUGCCCGGGAGUGCGUACAACAGCCUAUCCGGGCGCCUCGUCAGAUGACAGCUGCGUCUGCCCGACGGCAAGCGACAGCAUUGUGUCAAUCUGCUUCUUUUCAGUUGUCUCCGUCCCCUGUCACACGCAGGGCACGUAUGAGAAGCCGAUUGCAUCGAGAGACAGGGAAGAGGGCUUCAAAGAAUGCUUUGACUGCCCGCAUGGUCUGAGGUGCGAGGGCAGCGACAUGCUCCCCAGCGUCGCGGCAGGCUAUUGGGUGGACACGCGAGAAUGGCUACCAGGAAACGCCUCUCUAAGAUAUGACUUUGAGCCCGACAUCUACGCCUGCCAUCCUCACGAGGCCUGUCCAGGCGGCCCGCUGGACAGUCGGAUGAUCGAGAAGACGGCAAAUCAGCCGAAGGCUGCUGCAACCAUGCCCAGGAUCUGCAGGUCCAGUCUGUGAAAGCAUCUUUGCAGUCACGCUCCCAACAGAGCAUAGUGCUUCUGUUUUGUUCCCGCUCAGGGAAGGUGUUGAUCAGACUUUUAUCGCGUGCAGUAAAUGCCUACCUCGAUACUUCUCAAGGCGAGCUGGUGGGUCAGCUGACUUGUUCAGGACUUGAAAUAGGUGCACAUGAUAUCGCUUCAGGCUUCUGCGAGCCAUGCGGCCAUACCCCUGCAGUCGUCCAGAUGGCGUGGGCAAGCAUUCUCCUCCUGCUGACCAUGGCGUUUUUUGGAUUCAUCCACUUCUACAUCAACCGCGUUAGCAAUGCCAGCGGAAGACCCGAUGGUACUUUGAUUAAAAAGUAAGAGAAAGGUGAGAAGCCCAAACCUCCACUAAAUUCACUCACAGACACGAAACUACCUGCGUGUGUCUUCCUCCCCCCCUCUCUCUCUGUAUGUCUCUCUCUUCCUCCAUAUUUGUCCCAUGUAGCCUCGGCCAGGUUUUCUCUCUCGCCGUGCGGUAUCUCAUGACAGUCGGAAUCUUCGUGUCGUUCAAUGUCAGCCACUAUUCAUUAGAUGUCCUUCACACGGCAUCUUUGACGAACAUGCAUCUUUUUCCGCUUUCCGCAGGUUCCGUGGCCUGAGCCUUCAUCAUCCUUCAUCGCCGCAGGUGCCGUGAUGUCUCUGUCGAGGAAGGGAACGUCUGACUCUCAUCUACGCUCUCUUUGCCCAACCAUCAGGCUCACUGAUUGAUCUCGACCUUCGCCACCUCAGGCCCGAAUGCUUCCUACGUGUCGAGAUGACGCCGCCAAGAUACUACCUACCGCGGCUCCUGCUACCCAUCAUGAUAAUAGGGAUAUUUCCCCUCAUGUGGGCACUCUCGCUAAUCCCAUGGGGGUUCAAGAGGCUUCUCUUUGGCACCACAUCUGUGGGCCGCAGCGACAGCCAGAAAUGGCACGAGUCAGAGAUGUCGAGUGUUGGCAUCUUCGUGAGAACCCCUGCCCUCACACAGCUUCGACCAACGCUCAGUGCUCCGGCAAUGCAGAUCAACUAUAGCGAAAGAAGAGCAACUAUAGCGAAAGAAGAGCUGGCGGUAUCAGCAGCAGUGAAAAGGGUACGUGUUGCCCACAUACAAUGCACUUCUUAAAGUUCUUAUUAAGAUUCAAUCUCGUCUGUUUUUUCAGACUCUAGUGGUGGCUGGAAGGGCUUACUACGCUGGGUAA